AUGUCCGCUGAACUUUCUACCCCUCUACCAUUGGUUGGUGGCAAACAGCCAUCACCUCAACACCCUCUCGGUCCAUUGACAGCCAGCGAGAUUACUAACAGUUCGCAACUCAUCAAGUCCCUAUGGCCUACACAGACCAACAUCCAAUUUAAGAGCAUCACUCUCCAAGAACCAAGCAAAGCUGAACUCGUACCGUUCCUGGCUGCUGAGAGGACAGCCCAGGCAACCCCCACCAUUGAUAGACGAAGCUUUGUUGUUUACUAUAUUCGUAAUACUGACAAAUUACACGAAGCUAUUGUAAAUCUUACCCACGCCAAAGUUGAGAGUAAUCUUCGGCUCGGCCCAAACGUUCACUCAAACGCGGACGGUGACGAGAUCAACGCUGUGGAGAAAAUAGCCCUUGAGGACGAAGGUGUGAAAGCUGAACUUGCAAAGCUUCAACUUCCUGAAGGCACAGUAGUUAUUAGUGAUCCGUGGAUCUAUGGAUCCGAUGGCAUCAACGAAGGUCUAUUUACCGAUGAGAAACGAAUGUUUCAAUGCUUUCUCUAUAUUCGAGAUCCAAAGAACUCUUCAGAAGCGGACAGUAACCACUAUGCCAUGCCUCUUAGCAUAUCCCCUGUCGUUAGCGCCGAGACGAUGAAAGUCACCAGAAUCGAUAACUUGCCAACGGGUAUAGAUGCAACCGUCAAGGAGCCGUCACCGUACAAAGUUCAACCUGCGAAUGAGUACAUCUCCGAAGCUCAAACCCUUCGAACCGACUUGAAGCCUUUGAACGUUGUCCAACCUGAAGGCGCUUCGUUCCAAAUCUCCAACUUCAGUGAACAGGGUCAUAACGUCAGCUGGCAGAAAUGGACUUUCAAAGUUGGCUUCAACCAACGUGAAGGCAUGGUCCUCUAUGAUGUCUACUAUGCUGGUCGACCCUUGUUCUACAGACUAUCACUAUCCGACAUGAACAUUCCCUACGCCGAUCCUCGUCAUCCAUACCAUAAAAAGGCAGCAUUCGACCUUGGUGAUGCUGGCGCAGGUAUUAUGGCUAACAACCUACAAUUGGGAUGCGACUGUCUCGGUUCCAUUCAUUACCUCUCAGCCGUUCUCAACGACGACAAGGGUGAACCACUUGAAAUGCCAAACGUCGUAUGUGUUCACGAACAGGAUAAUGGGAUCGGAUGGAAGCAUACAAAUUACCGUACUGGCCGAGCAGCUGUGGUCCGAAACAGAGAGCUCGUACUACAGUCCAUCAUCACUGUUUCCAACUACGAAUACAUCCUCGCUUUCAUCUUCAACCAGGCAGGUGAAGUCAUGUAUGAAGUUCGAGCCACCGGUAUUCUUUCCACACAACCUAUCGACGAAGGUAUUUCUGUUCCGUGGGGUACGGUUGUCCACCCAGGAGUUCUCGCAGCUCACCAUCAACACAUCUUCUCCCUCCGAGUCGACCCGAUGGUUGAUGGGCCCUUGAAUCGCGUGGUAUAUGAUGAAGCACAUGCCAUGCCACGAUCAGAUUUCAACCCCCACGGCGUCGGGUACACAGUGACAGAAACGCCCAUCACAACAUCCGGCGGAUACGAUCUCGAUGUCGAUGCCAACCGAACAUUCAAGAUCCAAAACUCCACAGUCAAGAAUCCCAUCAACGGAAAAUCAGUAGGCUACAAGAUCAUGACUCCUCCUUUCCAAAAGAUGUUGGCAGACCAGGAUAGUUUCCAUUUCAAGCGUGCUGAAUUCGCCGACCACAACGUUUACGUCACUUCAUACAAGGAUGGCGAGUUGUAUGCUGGAGGCAAAUAUACCAAUCAAUCUCGUGGUGGUACUGGUGUCCGAAGCUGGGCGGAUCGGAAAGACAACGUUCUAGACGACGAUAUUGUUGUCUGGGUUCAAUUCGGUAUCAACCACAUUCCCCGCAUUGAAGACUUUCCCGUCAUGCCUUGCGAGAUCAUCAAGGUACAUCUGAAGCCUGUCAACUUCUUUGACAAGAACCCCGCCUUGGACGUUCCGCCGAGUGAGCAGAGAUUUAACAAGAGUGUGUUGGCCAGUACGAGCCAUCAGCAGGAGGCUGGAGCAGCUGUGAUCGGUCAAAAUGGGAAAGUCUGCUGUGUGAAAGAGGCAAGUAAAUUGUAA